AUGAGCACUUUGUCACCCAUAGUCACACAGCCGUCCACGCCGACCAAUCUUGCUGCAGACCUCAAGCCCGCUGGCCAGGUGGAGAAAGUAAAGCCCUGCUGUGUAUGCAAAGACGAAAAGUCCCAGCGUGACGAAUGCAUGCUGUUCUCCCGAGCCGACGAUCCCCAAGAAGACUGCAAGAGCAUGGUCAGCCGGUACAAGGACUGCAUGGCGACAUAUGGGUUCAAGAUCUGA